AUGACGCCCCCACUGCAGGUGGUGACCCUGUGGGGCCAGGAGCCCCCCAUGCACAGCAUCACGGCGAUCCUGGUAGCCGAAGACCAGCGCACUUUGAUCACGGGCAGCCAGGAGGGGCAGCUGGGCCUCUGGGACCUCUCCCCGGACCUCAAGGUCUCUUCCAAGCAACUACUCUUCGGCCACGCGGCUCCCGUGACCUGCUUGGCCAAGGCCAGGGACUUCGAGAAGCAGCCCUUCGUGGUCAGCGCCGCCGAGGACGGGGAAAUGUGCGUUUGGGACGUUUCCUGUGGGGAAUGCGUGGAGGAGGCCCGACUCCCCUUCCGGCACUCGGCCAUCUGCUAUUACCACAGCUCCUUCCGUAUGCCCGGUGAGGGCUGGCUCCUGUGCUGUGGUCACUACGACGGCAUCCUGGUCCUGGACGCCGGGACGCUGGAUGUGCUGCACGCCUUCACUGCUUCCCAGGCUCCCGACUGGGUCAGCUGCAUGUGCCUGGCCCACUCUCCCAGGAUACAGGAGGAUUCCCUGAUUGCUGUCUCAGCCGCAGGAACCCUGAGUGUCUGGGAUCUCUCCUCCUCAAUCAGCAAGAUCCAGGAAGGCCAGAGGGUCAUCGAGAGGGAGUCCAGGGCUCUCGGUCAGUUUCCCUGCCGCGCCAUCCGUUUCUGCCCCUUCACCGAGCGGCUGCUCCUGGCCGUCUUCUCCUCCUGCUGGAAGGUGUACGACUACUGCGACUUCUCCUUGCUGUGGACAGAGCCCAGCCCUCCAGAAGGCGCCUUUGCAGGCGGAGAGGUCCUGGCUGCUUAUCGCCUGAUCAUCUGGAUGGAGGAUGGGCGCGGCUUCAUCUACCAGCUUCUGAACAGCGGCCUUUCACGGAGUGUCCAACAGCUGUCUGGCGGUGGAGGAGGAGGAGUCCUUAAGGAGACCCUGCACCCGCUGCUGCUCUGUUCCACUGACGGGGAGAAUCACAAGAGUUCCUCUUGCGUCAUGGGCUUCAUGAACCAGAGGAAGGAGCCCUUUUAUAAGAUUCUGUGCUCUGGCGACGCUUCCGGGAGAGUGGCGCUGUGGCACGUCCCUGACGUCCCCGUUUCUACGCUGGACGGCUCCCCGAAAGAGAUCCCCAGAGCGGCCUCUUGCGACCUGCGGGAGGACUUCCUCACUCACCACCCUCUCGCGGACGGAGGCUUUUGGGGCCGCCUGUGGGGGGCCAACGGGGGUGAGAGGGGCCCGCCCCCAGCUGUGUCCUCCUCCCUGUACAUCCCCAGCCUGGACACAUUGGUCUGGGGCUGCGAGGACGGAGGGGUCAUGGUGCUCCCAGCUCUGGCCGCGGCGAAGGCCUCGCUUUUGGAGGAGCCUCUCCCCCCAAAAGAGGCCCCUCCACGCCGGACACUCUGCGGCCACAGCACCGGGGUGACCGCCCUACUGUACCCACACGGCUGCUCGACCCGCUUCGACCCCAGCUGGCUGCUUUCCGGGAGCCGGGACUCCCGCGUUGUCUGGUGGGACAUGUUCACCGGGGAGUGGCUCCACUGCUUCGUGCUGCACGAGUCAGGCCCGGUCACAGAUCUGCUGCUCUCCUCGGAAAACUACAGAUUCCAGGGGCACCGGCUGGUGGCCUGCGUCUGUGGAGAGCGCUCCGUAGCGCUCCUCCUCCUCCAGGAACGGAGGUGCCUCUUGCAGGCCAGCAAGCACCUCUCCCCCGUGAAGACCCUUCGGUGGCACCCGGCCCAGAGCCUCCUGGCCAUCGGAUGUGAGGACGGCUCCGUCUACGUCUGGGACAUCGAGACAGGAGCCCUGGAGCGCCACGAAAGCGGAGAGAGGGCCAAAGCCAUCCUGGCUUCCUGUGAAGAGUCCAUCACAGCGGCUGCUGAACCUUUGCUUCAGGCCGUUGAAGGAGGUCAGGGCCUGGCCUCCCCGUCCUUCUCCUUUUCCGGCUCUUGCAAAUCUGGCUUCCCUCUGCAAGAAGAGCCUUCGUCCGACCUCUGGCUGGCCUCAGUUCAUCCUUGCCAAAGGCCAAUGACCGUCCUUCCAGUGAGGGCUACCAGAGGGGCCCCGGUGGGCUUCCACCUUCUGCUCUUCGAUCUGGAGAAAGUGUUGGAGGGGUUGCAUUCCCCACCACUGCACUGCCAGCGGCCCUCCCAACGUGGCAGCAAUGGCGGGCACUUGAUAAGGGCCAAGACCUCGGUGAGGAAGAGGAGGACAACGCUGCGGAUACGCAGGAUCCGGGCCUCAGGGCCCCUCCCUCCUUUGGGGGCCACAGGGGCAGAGAGCACAGUUGUGGUGGGACAUGGCAGGGGCCAUGCUGGGAGCCCCAAGAAGAGCAAGAGUGCCACGAGGAAGGCCAAGAGACUGACCCCAGGGACAGGGCCAGUGGGGCCGGUGUCCAGCGCAGAGGUGGCCCGGUUGCUGUUGUCCUGUCUACUCCCUUGGGGAGUCGAGGGGUCGCCAGAGGGUCCCUCCUUACAGGAAAUAGGUCUUCGGAGGGCACUCUACCCGCUGUCCCUCGGCCGACUCUCCAGGGGAGGCCACCUAGCCCUGGACACUCCUCUGCGGCGGAGGGCACAAGCCGGGAACCUCUUCUCUGGCCGUGUGCCAGACCUGUGCGAGAAGUACAGGAGCAUCGCCCAAAGCUGUGACCGCGAGGGGUGCCUGGCCCUAGAUUCCUUGAUAAGCCGGAUGUGCCUGGUCAAGAGAGGGCUGCGGGCGCCUCCUGAAAGCACCAGUCCGAAGAAAAUGGGACCCUCCUCCUCGCGCUCCAAAGGUCGCCCCGGACCCCCGCCCGGACCCCCCAGCCCUUGCCAAGGGCUUGCUGAGGGUGUGUUCCCGGUCUCGGACAACCGCCUGGAAGACCCUUCCCUCUUGAAGCUCAUUUCCUGCUGGAGGGACCAGUCCAUAGAGGCGGCGGAGGCCAUGCAGGCGGCUCUCAUGGCGGAGGUUCAUUGGGGCCGGAGGAAGACUCUAGCCAAUGGCCAUGGCCCGGCGCAGGUCCCCGCCGGAGAGGGAUGCAACAGCAGCCGGGACGAGGAAAGGAAGAGUCCUGCAAUGCCAAGGUCCAAGGGUGAUCGCAGCAGCAGCUUUUCUUCCAAGGGUGAGAAAGGGGCCUCAUCCACAGCCAGGACCAAUCCACGAAGGAAGCUGGAUGAGCCGGACUGCGCAGGUGAAUAUGGCACACUGGACGCAGAAUUAAUGGAGAUGAGGGAUCAGCUGGUUUUCCCUCCAUCCACAGCAUUCCCUGCAUCUACCAAGCUUGUAACGCUAUUCUCUUUCUUUCUCUCCGGCAGAAGAGAAGAAGCCGUUGCCUUGGAUGGCCAAGGUCUGCUCCUGCAAAGUGUGCUAACAUCCGGCCUCUUGCUUUUGCUGGAAAAGGAGCUCCAGAUGCAUCCUCAUCCUCCUCCCAGUUUGUAA